GUGAACCUGGAUGCAGCGGGUAACGAAGAUCGGGGUUGGUACGAACACAACAUGUUCCUCCCUCACGAAGUGAUGGGCUCCAUCUACGAUUUCGACCGGGAGCUCUUUCACAGUUUGUUCAUUGUGCUUCCGGGCUGCAUUUUGUACACGCCGAGGCUCUCGGUGAAGCUGAUGAUUUCAUCGUACCUGUGCGACUAUAUGGCGAUGGAGCUGAAAGCUACCGAAGCUGGUACUCAAAACUUCGAGAUCUUCCUUUUGCAAUCGGUGCUGGGAGAAGAAACAUCCUGUAUAGAUACUCGAUUGUUGCUCCCUCGAUGCAUUUUACGAUGCUUCUUUGACUAA